AUGUCAUUAUUUAACACCAAGUAGUUCUGGGGGACAAGAGUGGGUCCUGAAGAAUUCGACGAACAACAUCUCUUCGUAGACAACUCAAUCAUUUAUGUUGGCUCAUAUUCAGGAAACUUGAGAAUCUAUCAACCCCAAAGAGGCGAUUACAAACCAACACAUCUCAAAUAGGAAAUCAAUUUGCAAGACCCUAUCCUACAAAUCCUGAUUGGGUAUUUUGGCAAUAAAUCUCUUUGUGUCCUAUUUCCCAAAAGAGUAGUGUUCUACUCUUUGGACAUGGAGUUACUAAAAGAACAUAAAUUACAGAGGAAUGGAUUUAAUAUGUGCUCAGGUUAGUUUGGAUAAGGAAGAAAGGAUCUUGUAUGUAUCCAAAGUUGUGAUGCCUGCCUAAUGAUCUAUGAAUAAGAAUAAUUACUACAUAUUUGUUAAUUGAGUACAGAGUAUUUUCCAUUGCCUGGUCCCAUUAUUUACUCAUAAUAGUUGGACUCAUUUAUUUUAUAAAACAGUUGCUACGAAUUGGAAUCCUAUAAAUAUGCAAAUCUAUGCACACUCCAAAAGAAAAGAGCUCAGCCUAAUUGGACCCUUAAUUUGGGAGAACAAGCAUAAAAAAUUAUUGAAAUUCCAUCCUAAAACAUCUUCUACGUCAUUUGUGAAUAAAUGCUAUUCCAAGUUCAGUAAAGUGGGAUUAUCUUUCAUCAGAAGAGAUUGGAUUACCCUCCUGCUUCAAUCCUAGUAAAUGACACUCACACAUUAAUCAUAACAUCUUUCACUCAUCACUUAAUGAUCUAUAAGGAUUUGAAUUUAGUAUGGGCAGCUAAAACUGAUCAUGUUUGUCAUGGUAUUUCCAUUGGAAAAUUUGAUGACAUCGAUAAAUUGCUGGUCGUCUUGAAUGAUGAAGGAUACCUUUAAGUGAUUUACUUAGGUACUGAAUAAAUAUCCAUACAAAAACAAUUUUAAAUUGAAUAGUAGCAUUCUUAUCAAUAAUUAAAUGAGCUCUACACUUCAACUCUAUAACAGAUCUAAGUAAAGGAGGGCAAUCCCGUAAUUGAAUCAAAUGAAAAGUCCUAAUUGUAGAUUAAUGCUGAAAUAAUCAAAUUAGCUCCUACUAGAGAUUUCAUUGAAGAUAAAGAAAAUUACUUAUAAGUUGAAUCAUUGGUAAUUUAAUGUUUAGUCUACUUAAACAUAACCUCAAAAUAAUAAAUUGAAAACUUAUAAGUUUAAUUAGUCUACGAUGAAUCUAUCUUUAUCUCCAAUCCUAGAUUCGAAAUCAAUGUUUUGUAAGGUACCAUCAUACAUGAAUUUAAUGUUUACUCUACUAAAAACUGUCCCAUCGAUAGAGUAGUAAAAGUACUUUGUAAUCAUAAAAAUGGAUGUUAUUCAACAGAAUUCACCCUACCUCUUAGUCUCUUUUGCUAUAUGAUCUAACCAGAGAAAAAUGCUAAGUAUAAAAUUACAGUUAAUGUUAAUAAUUUAUCAAUUUACAAUGUCUUUAAAGACAUCAAACCUAUAGACUCUUCUUUAAUAAAUUAAAGUUUGAUGAAAUUAUAAUUGACUAAUUCUACAGUAUCUAUUUUAGCAAACAAACAAAAUGAUAGGUGGAGACUGCAAAGUGAUAACUUCGAAGCUAUUUGCUUUAUAUUGCAUGAACUUGUAGUUAGAGAACGUGAAAACGUAAAGUAUACUGAUGAUGUCCCUUUGAAAGAUAUCUUUGAUGUUAUUGAUGAACAUUUCACAUUGAAAUUAUCUUUGAAGGAAUAUGAAAAAGACUUAGAAUAGAAGGCUAAUGAAUUUAGAGCUAUUUAAAAGAAGAUCUUACAGAGAUUCAAAGAGAACAACCCAGCUUCAGUUGAGUCGAUGAACUCACUGUUGGAAUUAUGUUUUUAGUAAUUUAUACAAUUAAUGGAUAACACUUAAAAAUGUUAGAAUAUUUUCAAGAACUUGCAACAUAAUUUAUAAUGUAUGAUUCAUUUGAUGUUACAAUUGUGCUAUUUAAGAUUCAAGAUUACCUAAGAAUAACUGGAAGAAUUAAAAAGACUCUUCUAUUGUGAGAAGGAUUGGGAGGAGGAAGUCUUUAUCAACAUAAAUUAUUACUUAAAGGGAUAAAUUCCAGAUGUUGUACAUGAAAAUACUUAGAAAAUUAAAAAAAUCAUUACAAUGUUGAUUGAUAAAUUAUCUAAAUAAUGA